CAUAUUGUUGUUGCUCUUGUUAUUCUUGUUGUUGUUGUUACUGUGUAUCUGUUGACGGCAACGCGCAACGGCCAACUGAUGAAUUUCAAUUGUUUUCAUUAAACGCAACAGCAAAAAAAAAAAAGAAAAAUUUAUGCGCGCGCCGCACGCCCUAAUCGACGCCCCGUCACCGUCACUGCUACCCGAUCCGCCCCAACCGUUAACAGUUGAAGCACUUUAACAGCAACAACACCCGCAGCAGCAGCGCCAGCAGCACCUGCAAACAACACGCCCCAGUUUCUAGAGCCAGCUGCAACCCCUCCAAAUCCAUUGACAAACGAUGGCCACCAACAGUUUUGGCAGCAUUGCUGGCACUGCAGCCGCGCUGACCUCGACCUCAGUUUCUGCGACUGCCUCGGCAGCAGCAGCAGCAGCGGCGGCGGCUGGUGUCAAUGCAGAUUUGUGGCGCGAAUGCGUUGCGUGGCUGGUGCGCUGCAAGGUUAUACCCGCUGACCACAAGGCCGCUCUGCCCGACGCCGAGAUACGCAUACUGGCCAUGACACUGCGCGACGGUGUCCUGCUCUGCAAUCUGAUCAUCCAUCUGGAUGCAAGCAGCAUGAAUGCACGCGAAUUCAAUCGCAAGCCCCAAAUGGCCCAGUUUCUGUGCUGCAAGAAUAUUAAACUAUUUCUGGAUGUGUGCCACAAUCAUUUCAACAUACGUGAUGCGGAUCUCUUUGAGCCAACGAUGCUCUAUGACUUAACCAACUUCCAUCGAGUGCUCAUCACGCUCUCCAAGCUGUCGCAGUGCCGCAAGGUGCAGCAAAUGCAUCCAGAUCUGCUCGGCUUCAAUUUGCAAGUGUCGCCCAGCGAGCGUUCCCAUUCGGAUGAGGCCAUCUACAAGGAUUUGCAUUCCACCAAUCAAUUCAAGACAACGGGCAGUUUGGAUGCAGCUGGAUCCUCGUCCUCGGAUUAUUACGAGCACACCUCGCACAGCGGCUCGCUCUCCGUCGAAGAUGAGAAUAGCGACAUAACGAUCGAGAAUGGCACCGAGGACAUUGACGAUUAUAUCGAGGAUUCACUGUCGAACAUGUGCGAUUCGACAAUUGAUCCGGAUGCCAUCAACGUUGAUCUUGUGCAUCGAUCCGUCCAGGGACAGUUGCGUGCUCUCUCCUUCGAUCUGACGCUCAGCGUGGCCAGCAGCAGCAGCACAGCCGACUGUGUGACGCCCACACCCCAAAUGGACUCGCCCAGGGCCAGCACCUCAGCAGCAGCAGCAGCGGCAGCAGUGUCAGCAUCCUCUGAAGCCUCAUCAUUGGCGGGCACAAAUUAUAGCUUUGAUGGGCGGCACUAUCCGUCCAGCAGCUCAUCAUCGUCGUCGCUGCUGUUCUUGAGCGAGAGCCAGCGUUUGCAGCGUGCCGCUGCUGCCGUUUACAAUUAUCGCUCAUCGCUGCUAAUGUCCACGGAGCCGGCGCAUGGAAAUGAGCACGAGUACGCCUACAUCAAUGACAUCUACAGCGAGGAUGACGAGAAGGUCUACGAGGAUCUGUGCUACGUUACGUUCCAGUCAAAGGUCAAACCAGAGGUUACCAACGACAAUAUUGCAUGCAAUGGAACCGCUUAUGAUCACACCAACACAAAGGAAGAGGAGGUCUAUCAAGAUUUGUGUGCGCUGCACAGAACGAGUAGAGGCCAGACCACAUCGGCGACUAGCUUUGAGCAGCGCGAUUAUGUCAUACGCGAGCUCAUCGACACCGAGUCCAACUAUCUGGAUGUGCUCAAUGCGCUAAAGGCCAAAUUUAUGCUGCCACUCGAGCGUCAUCUCAAUCAGGACGAACUGCGUCUCAUCUUUCCGCGCAUUCGGGAACUGGCUGACAUUCACACCAAGUUUCUGGAGAAGCUGCACGAAUCGGUGAUGCCAAACACAAAGCAUAAAAUGGGACAGGUAUUCCUUGAUUUUCGCGAACCCUUUCUCAUCUAUGGCGAGUAUUGCUCCUGCCUGCUGAACGCCAUCGAUUAUCUGGCCGAUGUGUGCAAGAAGAACCAAAUAAUUGACCAGCUGGUGCAGAAAUGCGAACGUGAAUACAAUGUGGGCAAGCUGCAGCUGCGGGAUAUCCUGUCGGUGCCGAUGCAGCGCAUACUUAAGUACCACCUGUUGCUGGACAAGCUGGUGAAGGAGACGUCGCCAUUGCACGAGGACUAUCGUUCGCUGGAGCGUGCCAAAGAUGCCAUGAUCGAUGUGUCGCAAUACAUUAACGAAGUUAAGCGCGAUUCCGAUCAUCUGGUCAUCAUACAAAAGGUCAAGGACAGCAUAUUUGAUUUAAAUCUGCCGCAAAAUGGCAACGAUCUACUGCAAUAUGGUCGCCUAUUGCUCGACGGCGAUCUGCAUAUUAAAGCGCACGAGGAUCAGAAGACUAAAAUGCGUUACGCGUUUGUCUUUGACAAGAUUCUCAUACUGGUCAAGGCGCUACACAUUAAAACCGGCGACAUGCAGUACACAUAUCGCGACUCGCACAACCUCGCCGACUAUCGGGUCGAGCAGAGUCAUUCGCGUCGCACCCUUGGACGCGAUACGCGCUUCAAAUAUCAGCUGCUGCUCGCACGCAAGUCGGCCAAGACUGCCUUUACCCUAUAUCUGAAGUCGGAGCACGAGCGGGACAAGUGGCGCAAGGCACUGACCGAAGCCAUGGAAAGCCUUGAUCCGCCUGGUUGUCGCAAUACGGAUCAUAAAAUGGAAAUCUACACCUUUGAUGCGCCCACAACAUGCCGGCAUUGCUCGAAGUUUCUUAAGGGUCGCAUCCAUCAAGGCUAUCGGUGCAAGGUGUGCCAGAUAAGUGUGCAUCGUGGCUGCAUCUCAUCGACGGGACGCUGCAAACAGAAUCCGGUUAGCAUACCGCCGCCCGUCUGCGAUCGCCAAUUGUCCGAGUUUAAUUGGUUCGUGGGCAACAUGGAUCGCGAGACAGCCGCCAAUAGAUUGGAAAAUCGACGCAUUGGCACCUAUCUGCUCCGUGUGCGUCCACAGGGUGCCUCCUCACCGCACGAGACGAUGUAUGCGCUCAGUUUGAAAACCGAUGAUCAUGUCAUUAAGCACAUGAAAAUCAAUCAGGAAAACGAUGGCGAGUCCAUGCUGUAUUGUUUAUCCUCCCGUCGCCAUUUCAAGACCAUUGUCGAGCUGGUUUCAUAUUAUGAGCGUAACGAUCUGGGUGAAAACUUUGCCGGGCUCAAUCAGUCAUUGCAGUGGCCCUAUCGCGAGGUCAUCGCCACCGCCCUAUACGACUUUGAUCCGAAGGCGGGCAGCAAUCAGCUGCAACUGCGUACCGAUUGCCAGGUACUUGUAAUUGGCAAGGAUGGCGACAGCAAAGGCUGGUGGCGUGGUAAAAUUGGUGAUACGGUUGGCUAUUUCCCAAAGGAGUACGUGCAGGAGCAUCCAGCUACUAGCGAUGAGCUUUGAUAUUACAACUAUGAGGUUUACUUUGCAUCAAAAGCGAGCACACCGACAACGGCCAUUUCCGAAAUACCUGCUGCUGUGGGAGCAACAAAUGAGCAACCCAUUCACAACUACAGCUACAGCUAUAGCAGCAACAACAGCAACAACAGUAACAACAAUA